UUUAGGUUUAAGGAGUUUUGUGAUUGUUGCGGCGAUUUGAAGAUUUUUUUGAAGAGUGAAAAGUUGAAGAGUGAAAAGCAGAAUAAAUCUAUGGCUUAAGCUUUUAUGCAGAGAUAUGCAGUCAUGAAGCAACAAUAGUGUUUUGAUGGUUUUCGAUUGCACCUAAAAGUAGAAAACAUCAGUUUUCCAUGCAACUGUGAGGUAUCGCGAGAGGAGAUGGAAUUCAAAUUUGUUCAAAAUGCAAUUAGUUAGCCUAACAUAAUAAGUAAAAGGAUCGUUCAAAUUGUUCAAUAAUUAAUCACCUAGAACAAAUAUGAGUCGCAUUCAAUGGCGCUUGAAGGAGUUUCCGAAAACACUACUGAAUUGUGUUCGUUUCCGGUAUCAGUAUUCGCUGCAAUGUAUACGCUCACUCACCUACAAUCAUCACAUGAACCAAUCCUACAUGUCAGAUGUUUGCCUGGAACCCAUAUUUUGGUUCGUGGAUAACUUUACCCAUCUGCUUGGUCCGUUCUUCGUGUUUGCCGUGGUUUGCUUGACAGCGUCUGUCGUCAUCAUUUGCUACUGGAUCGGACUUCCGUAUUGGUGGAACAGGAACCAAAAUAUGACGUACUUCUUGCUGGUUGUGGGUAACUGGCUGUUGGUGAAUGUGUCGUAUAAUUUUUAUAAGGCAGCCGUUACUUCGCCCGGAUGUCCGCCGGAGAAAGAACUUAUCAAUGGGGCUGUGAGUAUCUGCAAAAAGUGUAUUGCCCCUAAGCCACCUCGAACCCAUCACUGCUCCGUUUGUAACAAGUGCAUAUUGAAAAUGGACCAUCACUGCCCGUGGCUUAACAAUUGUGUUGGAUAUGGAAACCAUCGCUACUUCUUCCUUUAUAUGCUCUACACGACCGUGGGUGUUCUGUUUAUUAUAGUCUUUGGAUUCGAGCUGGGCUACAAUGUUCUUAUUCUUGGGGACGGAGAAGGUUGGAAUGAAAUAGAACCUUUACAUGGGCAUCCAGUACGGUUUAAUCUUUCGGGUCAUAUCAUACCAGCGACAGAAAUGAAUGAUUAUGAAGAUGACGGGCUUGAGCCUGCCCGUCACGAUCUUCCGGUGCCGCAGGAGUAUAGCAGUAAUGCAGCAAAGCAUCGCGCAAUCGUAUUCAUGGCAUUGAUCAACGUGGCCACACUGUUCGCUCUUGGUGCUCUCACUUCCUGGCAUUCUUCUCUUAUUACACGGGGAGAAACAAGCAUCGAAGCUCACAUCAAUAAGUCUGAAACAAAACGACUUUCGGCGCUAGGGAAGACUUACCGUAAUCCGUACGACUUUGGUCCCCGACGGAAUUGGAGGCUAUUCCUUGGCGUGGUUCGGAAAAGAACUUGGUGGCGGCAUGUUUUAGUUCCGUCGGGCCACAAACCAGAAGGGAACGGAUUAAGUUGGCUAACGGUCGACGAUUUCAUCAGUAUCGAUGGAUUCCACAAUUGAACGGAUCCAGUCCAUGUAUGCCGAAAGCCGAGUGUAGAUAGUGACGGUGUCGUGAUUUGUUGGACAUCCAAUACUAUAUGCUGCCAGUCCGAUGACGAUAGAAAUUUUCCGGUUCUCUUUAGUAAUAACUCCUUCCAGAGGAUCACCGUUCUUGUCUUGACACGUGUUGUCGGUACUGUAAUAAUUUUCUGCACAUAGUUGACUACCAUCCAAAGGAUCAUCGAAACGGAAGAAUUUGCUGCAGUCUUGGUUAUACUUAGAGAGUCGAGGACGGACUUGAAUGAGGCCUGUAAAAUAGCAGGCUUUGUAAUGUAUCGGCUCAAAAGCUAUAGGUCACAAUAUACUUACCAUCAUCCAGACUUAGGGUGUAUAAUUUCAAAGGAAUAGCUUCGGUAUUUGGCCACAAGCAUGCCGGUAGUAUAUUUCUACUGAACUUAAUUUCGGAAGACAAUUU